AAGUUGCCUCGGGGCCAGCGUGCGGGACUGUGCGGUCUUUGUGAACUCGCACCAUGGCGUACCGCGGCCAGGGCCAGAAGGUGCAGAAGGUGAUGGUGCAGCCCAUCAACCUCAUCUUCAGAUACUUGCAAAAUAGAUCUCGGAUUCAGGUGUGGCUUUAUGAGCAAGUGAAUAUGCGGAUAGAGGGCUGCAUCAUUGGCUUCGAUGAGUAUAUGAACCUCGUGUUAGAUGAUGCAGAAGAGAUUCACUCAAAAACAAAGUCAAGGAAACAACUGGGUCGGAUCAUGCUAAAAGGAGAUAAUAUUACUCUGCUCCAGAGUGUCUCCAACUAGACACCAUGGCUGAAGGGAGAAAUCGUUGAGAAGGCGCUGCAGUUUGUUUUUUAGGUGUUACUUUGGGAAAAUAAUUUUAAAACCUUUGUUCAUAUUGUUUGGAUCACUGUUAUGUUAAUACCCGAUGACAAUAAAUGCUGGGGGUUGUUUCUA